AAUAGUGCUAACUGGUCCAGUCCACGUUUGGCUCAGCCUCCUCUGAAUAUUCCAAACUUUCAGGUCACGAGGAUGUCGUUAUGAUGAUUUUGUAUUCGAGGUCUUCCACUUUCCAUAUGAAAAUUAAAGUACUGGCUUCUACAGGACAAGCCACGGACAUGUGAUUUGUACAGGCCCGAAGCCCAGUGUCUGUGGCAGUGCGCUGGCGAACAUGGCCAGCUUCGUGGUCUCCUCUUCUACAAUGAGCUGUAUAUUAAAGACAAUGUCCGGGAGCUUCUACUUUGUGAUUGUUGGCCACCAUGAUAAUCCCGUCUUUGAAAUGGAGUUUCUGCCGGCUGGAAAAGCAGAGUCCAAGGACGACCAUCGGCACCUGAACCAGUUCAUCGCUCACGCGGCUCUCGACCUCGUAGACGAGAACAUGUGGCUGUCGAACAGCAUGUACUUGAAAACCGUGGACAAGUUCAACGAGUGGUUCGUUUCCGCGUUUGUUACGGCAGGUCAUAUGAGAUUCAUUAUGCUUCACGACAUACGGCAAGAAGAUGGGAUUAAGAGCUUCUUCACCGAUGUCUAUGAUUUAUACAUAAAGUUCGCGAUGAAUCCAUUUUAUGAACCCAAUUCUCCUAUCCGAUCGAGCGCCUUUGACAGAAAAGUUCAGUUCCUUGGGAAGAAACACCUGUUAAGUUGAAUGCAGAAAAAUUUGGAAAUAAACCAUGUGACUACAGUG